UAGCAUUGUCUUCUACUAGAUCCAUGAUGGAAUAUUUUUGUUCAAUAUUGCUAAUUUCCAUUAGUUUUCUACAUUCUGAAGCAUUACAUGACAAUGGAACUGCAUCACGUAAUGACACAACAACAGGUCCUCCAGGAGAAAAUGGUCAGCCAUCGCAUUUGCUGACUUCAAUGCUGAUCCUGAUUUUAGUGUUCAUAAUUUUAAUUAUUUUAGCUGGCUAUUUCUUCAGGUUCCGAAGACACAGAAAAGCUGUUGUAAAUUCCACUGAUAAAAAAAUGCCAAAUGGAAUCUUAGAAGAGCAAGAACAGCAAAGGGUGAUGCUUCUCAGACAGUCUCCCUCUGGCCCAAAGAAGUAUUUUCCUAUUCCAGUAGAGCUCUUGGAAGAGGAAAUCCGGAUAAGAGCAGCUGAUGAUGGGAAGUUGUUCCGGGAAGAAUUUAAUUCAUUACCACCUGGAUAUAUGCAAGGAACACUUGAGAUGGCAAAUAAAGAGGAAAACAGAGAAAAAAACAGAUAUCCCAACAUACUACCUUAUGAUCAUUCCAGAGUAAUUUUAACGCAGAUAGAUGGAAUUCAGUGUUCGGACUAUAUUAAUGCUUCGUAUAUAGAUGGCUACAAGGAAAAGAAUAAAUUUAUAGCUGCUCAAGGUCCUAAGCAGGACACAGUAAAUGAUUUCUGGAGGAUGAUAUGGGAACAGAAGUCUGCAACUAUUGUCAUGUUAACAAAUGUGAAAGAGAGAAAAGAGGACAAAUGUUUCCAGUAUUGGCCUGAUCAAGGAUGCUGGACUUAUGGAAACAUCCGGGUUUCUGUGGAGGACUGUAUAGUUCUUGUAGAUUAUACCAUUCGAAAGUUUUGUAUUCAGCCGCAGGUUGCUGAUGGCUGCAAAGCUCCGAGACUUGUCACUCAGCUUCAUUUCACCAGCUGGCCUGAUUUUGGAGUGCCUUUUACACCCAUUGGAAUGCUUAAAUUCCUAAAGAAAGUCAAGGCAUUGAAUCCUGCACAUGCUGGACCAAUAAUGGUUCACUGUAGUGCUGGUGUAGGUCGUACAGGCACAUUCAUAGUAAUAGAUGCCAUGAUUGACAUGAUGCAUGCUGAACAAAAAGUUGAUGUUUUCGAGUUUGUGGCAAGAAUUCGCAGUCAGCGUCCACAGAUGGUUCAGACGGAUAUGCAGUAUUCCUUCAUAUAUCAAGCCUUACUUGAGUACUACCUCUAUGGUGACACAGAACUAGAUGUGUCCUCCUUAGAAAAACACCUGCAGCCAUCAAAUAGUACCACACCAAAUCUUGUAAAAAUAGGACUGGAAGAAGAGUUUAAAAAAUUAACAAAUGUUCGAAUAAUGAAAGAAAACAUGAGAACUGGUAAUCUGCCAGCAAACAUGAAGAAAGCCAGAGUUAUCCAAAUCAUCCCUUAUGACUUUAACAGAGUGAUUCUUUCAAUGAAAAGAGGUCAGGAGUACACAGAUUAUAUCAAUGCUUCCUUCAUAGAUGGCUAUCGCCAAAAGGACUACUUCAUUGCAACUCAAGGACCUCUUCCUCACACUGUGGAAGACUUCUGGCGAAUGGUGUGGGAGUGGAAAUGCCACACCAUUGUGAUGCUUACAGAAGUUCUGGAAAGGGAGCAAGAAAAAUGUUUUCAGUAUUGGCCAUCAGAAGGUUCUGUUUCUUAUGGCGAGAUUACCAUUGAUAUUAAGAAUGACUUGCUUGUUGAUGCUAUAAGCAUAAGGGACUUUUUGAUUACACACAACCAGGAGAAGCAAGGCAGACUUAUUCGACAGUUUCAUUUCCAUGGAUGGCCUGAGAUAGGCAUUCCUGCUGAAGGAAAAGGUAUGAUUGACCUCAUCGCAGCUGUUCAGAAACAGCAACAGCAGACAGGAAACCAUCCCAUUACAGUACACUGCAGUGCUGGAGCUGGAAGAACAGGUACAUUCAUAGCACUCAGCAAUAUUUUGGAGCGAGUCAAAGCUGAGGGGCUCUUAGAUGUAUUUCAAGCUGUGAAGAGUUUACGGCUGCAAAGACCUCAUAUGGUGCAAACACUGGAACAAUAUGAAUUCUGCUACAAAGUGGUACAAGAUUUCAUUGAUAUAUUUUCUGAUUAUGCUAAUUUCAAGUGAAAAUGCCUGCCAUAUUUUUUAUUUAAUCAUCUGUACAGAGAUUUGUAAAUCAUGUUAAUUUAUUUAAUUUUUUUUUAAUCUAAAUGUACAUAUGAUCAUAUAAGUUUUGCUUUCAGUGUCUCUUCAGGUGUAUAUAUGACUUAAAUAAGCUUCCACCCUAAUCCAAAGGAGUAUGCACAGACCCUUUUCAUACAAUAAAAUAAACUUCUAGUCAGCUGUUUGGUGGUAAAAGGAAAGAGCUGAGCUAUGGGUUUUCUGUAGUUUUGAAAGGACUUAAUAUGUACACUCCAACUGGUUGAUAAAGGAGGAAAGCUGUACACACAGAAUAUAAUUGCAUGUUGGACUAUCCAUUCAGCUGAAGAAAUAUGUGCAAAACCUGUGUCUGCAUGUGUAGUAACCCUAACUAGGUCAAGGUUUUGUGUUUUUGUUGUUUUUAGUUUUAAAUAAUUGAUGCCCAUGUACAAUAUAUUGCAGUCUACUGUUAUGAAUACAGGCACAAUCCAGCCUAUGUUAGGCAUAUUUAAGACCCACUGAUUUCAGUGGGUUUAGUAAGCAUAUGCUUAAAUAUUUCCCUUUGAAAUUAAUGGGACUUUGGGUCCAGCUAAACGUCUGAAAGCACUGACGCUGAAAUGAAACUAAAGUACAUCUGAUUGGUGGCUUGGAUGAUAGCCUGCUGAUCACGGGGAGCCCAUGUAAGAGCAAAACAUAUUAACAGAAUUUUAAAUCUCCUUGAUUUUGGCCGAAUCUUUCCCAUAUUUUGUCUAAAUGCAUGUGCAAUUAUGACCCAUUAUCUCUAAUCUUAAGUUUGUAAUUACAUUAAUUUUUAAAAUUUAUUUUAUAUAGUCCAUAAUAUCUAUAUAAAAAAGGAAAAAGAGUACAUUUGUCAGAACUAAAAAAUCAUCAUGCUGUCAUAGAGCAAUAUUUUAUUUGAAGCAAGUUCCAUUUAAUGAUUAUUCUACAAAGAUGUUAUACCAACUGGGCUGAAAUUAGUAUGGGCUACCCAAGAUAGACAAAAAUUCUUGAGUCUUAAUUUUAAUAAGAUUUACAUCUGUCUCUUGUUUUUGUUAUGUUGAUGCUAUUGUGGUUAUUAAUAUAUUUGAUCCUCAUAUAGCAUCACUAAUAUCAAUGUGGACAAUUCACUGAGGUAGACACUGUACAGAGUGCACUAGAAUGUGAAAAUAUUCUAAAUAUCUUAAUUUUGUCAAUACCAAUUAGAUCCAUUUGCCUCUUUGAUACUGUUUUGAUCUUUACAAUUAAGCACAAUUAGAAUAGAGAGGAACAUAAAUCUUCCAUAAGCAACAACAUAAGAUAUAAUUUUAACUUUUUAAAAAAUGUAUAUUUUUAAAAACAGGAUUCUAGGAAAUUCUGUUUUAAUGCAAGUUCUCAAUUAGUACCACAGUGUAAAUAUGGAGUUUCUUAAAUUUAGUUAAGCAGUCUUAAAAUAUAAUUUUAAUUUAUCAUUUUAUUUUAUUGAAUUAACAGAAAAUAUAUUUAACUUAUAAACCAGCUGAUCAAUAUUUGAAACUAUUUUGUAUCAAGAAAUUUUGUUUUGUUGUCAUAAAUAGCUAUAAAGCCAGAUAUUACAUUUAUAUAAAGAAAAAUGUAUCUCUUCAGUUUAAAGCAAUCUAGUUACUGUUACUGAAGGUAAUAAAACUUAAUGAAUGGCUUUGUCAUUAUUAAGCCUCAUUGAAUAUCAAAUUUUCAAUAUUCAGUUCACAGAAAUGCCCUUAAUUACUUGAGUUCCUUUAAUAUCCAUCGCACUUAAGUAAAAUAAUGAUCCCCUGCGCUAUGUCCCCAUAAAUCCAGUUGCUCCUUAUCUUCAAAGUGCAUAUAUAUUUCCAAAAUGAACCAAGAUAGUCUUAUUUCUAAUGUGGCCAACAUGAGUCCAGAACUUAGAAGCGCCAUGUAGGUGUCAGAAUACCCACAGGUCUUUAGGUUGGGCUAUUCGUGUGCAAACAAUCAUGCACUAAAAAGCACAAAACCCAAUCAUCUUGAUAGGACUUGUAUAGCAGCUGCACCCUGUAGUUCCAUCUUAAUGGCUGCUGCAACAUUUCUAAGUUCUUACAACAGAAGAAACAUUUUCUUGAUACCAACAAAGGGAAAUAGUGAUUUCUGUCUUUCAAAAAGAAAAUAACAUAAGCCUGGAUCCAAUUAUGAUUAAUUCCUUUUGUUUUCUGAAAAUAGCAGAGGCUGCUGACAGAGGAAGAGGGUAAAUUAUUUUAUACUCUCUACCUACUGUAGUUCCCUACUCACUCAGUUCCCCAUGCAAUUUUUUAAAAAGUUGUUCUGGAACAACCUGGGGAAUAGUGUAAGAAUAGUGAUGGAGAUAUUCUUAAAAAUGUCCACCCAUCCCUUCCCCUGUGGAGCAACUGAUGAACAGAACUCUGCUCUUCAGAAGUCUGGAUCAUACAUACAGUCAGAACAAAACUAGGAUGACAGUGAAAUAACACAAAUAGACCAGUGUUUUUCAACCUUGGCAACUUGAAGAUGUGUGGACUUCAAUUCCCAGAAUUGCCCAGCCAGCACAGCCAAGGUUGAGAAACACUGCAAUAAACAGUACAUUUUAUUUCUCCAUAUUUUAGAAGGUAUAUAUGUAAAAGCACAAACAUAAUUCAUAUAAAUUUAUACAAAUGUCUAUAUAAUAUGCAAUAUAUCUGGCUUGUCUGGUUGUUUUAUGAAUUAUUAAUGCCUUAUUAAAAUUAUGUAGACUGCAAGAUGGUCAUUACUUUAGCUCCUGUUCUUUUUAAUUCUACAUACAUUUAAAUUAUUUCUGGAAGGAAAAGAAAAGUGAAUACUUUUAAUAACCUAGAAGACAACAAAACUUCCACAUUAGGCCUUACUUAAUUACUUUUAAUUGUUAAACAGUUCAGAUUAGCAGCCUACAUAUUAUUUUUAAACAGUUUUUUACAUCUUCUGAAAAAAAAAUUAUAUGCAUACAUACAGUUGUAUGCACCUAAAGAAUCACAUUUAUUUUAUGAAGCAACUGAUAUUAAGGAUUCUAACCUCAAAAAAUGUUAUGUGGUUUAGGAAUAUUAAGUAAGCUUUCUAUACUAGUAUUUGAUGGAAUUUUAAAACACCUUAGAUGAAUAAGAUUUACAGUUUGCUGUGGUAUAGACCAAAAUCCAUUGAGUCCACCAAAAGAGGAACAGUUUCUACUUACUGCUUUGGAAACUGCUUCUAGCAAUUUCAAACACUUUCUAAGUGAGUUAUGUGGAAACUGCUGUUUUUUGAAAAUUCAUAAAUAAUAAUCCUCUGGGUUUUGUUUUUUUUUUCCAAAACGGAUCUUCUGUUAAAGGGUCAUCUUGCGUAGAUGUGAGGGUAGAGGUUAAAAUCAGGAAUUAUUUUACGCAUCUUGAAGUCUUGAAUGAAACACCUGUCCUUCAGCUGUCUUGAUUCCUGAGUCCCUUCUCAUGUAUCUGUCUAAGUAAGCACCUUUGCAACUUGACAUAAAACAGUCACCAGUUUAAUCUAUUUCAUACCUCUUGGUAAAUCCGGCCUACUACAACUAGAUGGUUUUUAUUCAUCCAUGCCCAUGACUGAGGUCUUUGCUGCUUCCUAUAUAGUCUUCUAAGUCUAACCCAACUCUCCCUGAACUGGCACCACCCAGAUGUGUUGUACUUUAUCUCCUACUCAAACAUCAAUGGCUGUAUUGUUGAUUGAAGGAUUAUGGGAGUCUAACACACUUGGAGGGAACCAGAUUUGGAAAGUUCUGUAACACAUAAUUGUAUCUCUGUGAGUCAUUUAAGGGACAGCAUUGUACUCUGUGUUUAAAUUACCCAUCAAAAGCAGAGAAAAAUCCUGCAUGUUUGCAGAAAUAUGUAUCAUUGUUAAAAACCACAACUAUGUUAUUCUAUAAAGUAAUAUAGAAACAAAAUUUCUAUUAAAAAAUGCACAUAAGAUCCAUAAAUGAAAAGGACUGAUUUCUUAAAUUCAUACUUGUUGAUAAACUACAGAAAACAGAAUAUUUGGAGUUGGUGCAAUGUGACCAAAUCAAAUCUAAACAGUCUCCUCCCAACCUGUAAAAUAUAUUUUGCAGUAACUGACUUUAAAUAAUUCUGUAGGAUUCUGUUAGAAGAAAGCCAGAAUACCCAACGUAAUCUGUUUCUUAGAUAUUCUUCAGGCUAUUUAGUUCUGUGUAAUCCCAUAUGAUGACAAGAUUUGUCCCAUGUGUAAAAUAAUUAAUUCUGAAUCUAACCAAUAAUGGAAAGGUUACAAAGUUCAAGGACUUUAGCAUUAGAAAAUGUAUUUUUCAGUUCAAAGGUUUUUAGUCAGAUUAGGCUGCUAUACAGGUAGUCCCCGAGUUAAGAACGCCUGGUUUAGGGACAACCCAUAGU